GUUGUUUGUGUACGGGAACGGGAGUGGGACAGACAAAGUGAAGUAGUCAAGAAAAGGCCCAAAAAGGCACUAAUCCAAGAAGUAUUAACUUAUAAGAUGGGGCGUUUAAAGUUUAAAGACUAAAGAGGGAUAGAGGAUCACAAUUGACAGGAAUAAGGAAAGGCGGACGAGAGAGAGAGAGAGAAGGAGAAGGUGCGCAGUAGCAGACAGCAGUAGAGUAGAGAAGUAAACAAGUGUGUGUAGCAGACAGAAGAGAUGGGAGGAGAGGAGGGGGCGGCAGAAUUGUUACAGGGGAGGGCGGAGGCAGACUAUCGAAAGGCGAAGACGUCGGUGUGGUGGGAUAUAGAGAACUGUCAAGUGCCAAAAGGAUGCGAUCCUCAUUCAAUCGCCCAAAACAUCACCUCUGCCCUUAUUAAAUUGGAUUAUGGCGGUUCCGUUUCUAUUUCUGCUUACGGCGACACCAACCGCAUUCCUUCUUCCAUUCAGCACGCCCUCUCCUCUACCGGCAUCUCCCUCAAUCAUGUACCUGCUGGUGUUAAAGAUGCCAGCGACAAGAAGAUUUUAGUUGAUAUGCUCUUUUGGGCUGUUGAUAACCCUGCCCCUGCUAAUUACCUCUUAAUUUCUGGCGAUCGCGAUUUCGCCAAUGCCCUUCAUCAGUUGCGUAUGAGAAGAUACAAUAUUCUUCUUGCCCAACCCUUUCAAGCCUCUGCCGCCCUUGUUGCUGCUGCCAAAAGUGUCUGGUUGUGGACCACUCUCGUUGACGGUGGCCCUCCUCGUUCGGACAAUGCUAAUGCUAAUGCUAAUGCUAAUGCUAUUUCUGAUAAUAAUAACAAUAAUACUCUCAACCUUCAUAUGCCCGAUAACAACCUUCUUUCUCAUUUGCCUCCCAAUAAUCCCACUCCUGCUCCCAAAUUUAACGCCCCUCCCAGAACUGCCCCAGGGGAUUCUAAAUCUAAACCCGUCUAUGUCCGCAAGAACUCCAACCAGAACCAUUCAAGUCUGCAAAAAGCCCAAAGCAUGCCUCCUGAGGCUCUCCAAAGUAAGAAACUAGAUUAUACUUGCCACUUGGACCAUACUGAACCUACAACACUUAGAAAAGCCCCACAUGAAUUUUUUGGUGCUAACAACCAUAUUGCCUCUGCAGGUCCCUCUACUUCCAGUAGCUUCACUGCCAAUCUUGACCCUUCUGCUAGGAGUAGGUCUGACUUCAUCGCAAAUCAACGACCUCAAUACUCCUAUCCAUCUAGGCCUACCAGUGUUCCUGUUCAUUCUAAUUCCGCUCCUGGAAACCUAUAUCCAUCAAAUGCAAGUAACCAUACUAUCAAUUCUGUGUAUUCCAGACCUGUAGGUCCUCCUAUCUCAUCAGCUUCUUUCACUAGUGUCCCUGAUAUGGGUAAAUUGUGCAUAUCUCAGCACCCGAAUUAUAUCCAAAAUCCUCCUAGCUUUUCACAGCAAGCUAGAGGAGAGCCUAAGCUAAAUCCGCACAGGUAUUCAAGCUCUGUGAACCGAAACUUGCCGCACAAAGGCUCUAAUAUGCAUUCAAACCAUCCUUCUUACCGGAAUGGACAUUCAUCUGCUCCUGCAUCUACUUCAUCACCUUUGCCCACCACCAACGUCGCUUCAGGUGCUCGUGUACAACAUGGAGCUGGCACAAUAUCACCACCCUCUGAAUAUGAGCAGGGUCUUGCCGGGCUUAUCUUGCUUGCUUUAGACAGCCUUAGAAAGGAACAGAUUACGCCAACUGAGGCAAAUAUAACAGACUCUAUCCGCUUUGGAGACACAAAGCACCGUAAUACUGAUGUGAGAAAGGCCCUGGACUGUGCAGUUAAGCAGAACAUGGUAGUGAAGCAAAUGCUGGGUCAAGUUCAGCUAUAUGUUAUUAAGAAGCAACUGGUGUGGAAGUGUGUAAAUCCAAUGGGAGCCAACCCUAACGAGUACCCAAAGGAAACAUGGGAUAAAGUUAAGGAGUUUCUUACUUCUUCUGAUGGACGAUCAGCCAUAAUUGCUUCAGCGUGCGGGUAUGAAGCUGCACUGAUCUUGAGAAAUUCAUGUCUACAAGAUCUUUCUCUGGGCAAAGCGCUCCAGAUAUUGAACAUGCUAAUUGCUCCAAAGCGAUGGAUAAAACACCAUCCAUCAGGAUGGCAGCCCGUUACCAUUACACUAACCCAGGGUAAUGUUGCAACAGGUAAUGAAUCCGGUCCUUGAUUGAGGAUCUGCUAAAGGGAUGGAAAGUAAUACAAAUAUUAUAAUUUUGUCCACCAUAUUGUCAUGCUCUUAUUGGUGGACUACAAAGAAAUCUACUUUGAGGUGCUUUAUAGCUUUUGUCAGAUUGAAGGGAACUUGUUUACGGGAUGUGGGUGGCAAUGAUUGGUGUGGGUGGAGUAUUGGUGUUUAUGUUUUUAUCUAUGGAAGCAUUAAUCUUCUCUAGAGAAAGGGAAGGUUGUAUGGCAGUCUUCUCUAAAAAGUAAGUUUUAAAGGCUCCAGAGUUAGUAUCUCUGUGCACCACAAAUUUUAUGCUACAAAUUUAUGUUACAAAUUAGGGGUAUAUGUCUGCGCUUCAAUAUGAAUUAUUGAGGCAUUACACAUUUCUGUCAACUUAAGAGUAUGUAGGAUAUUAUGAAGCCAGCAUGGGGCAGGUUAAGCAGGACAUAAUUGAAACGGAAGUAAUCAAAAGUGUUUCUGUUCUGACUGCAUUGGAAGUGCUUUAAGAUUCUAAAAUAUCAAAAGGUUUGCUGCUUUUGUUGAUGGUAACAUUAUGCUUAUUACAAGCAUAAUUUAGCGAACAAUGAAGCUACGACUCAACUUUAUGGAUAAUCCAAGACAAUGGGCAAAAUGAAGUAUGUUGGUGGCGUAUUAGGCGUGCUCGGUGGUUAUGUGCAUGAAGCAUACGUAUCAGCUGAAUGCAUAUUCUGAAGACUUCAUUAGAUCCAAUGUAUUGCUUAUGAGUCUUUCUUUUUGUUUCUUAAAAAAUUAUGUUAACGCUCUGUAAAUUAGAUUUUAGAAUUCUUUGUUUCCGUUUGUAACUUGGCUUAGAUUUUGAAAUGGUCUUUUUUAGGAUUCUCUGCCGCGUUUGUUAAUUCAACAAUAGUUUGUAUUCACUUUUAUUUAGCUGCGUACCAAGACUAUGCCAAGUGUUAUUAUUGUUUGUAGCAAUGCUACUAUCGUUUCUCA